AUGCCACUGAAAUAUUCAUCGAAUGCUUUCACGUACAAAAAUCACGCUCUGACUACUUUCCAAUUUGUUACAGACAUGCGUUGGUUUCGCGGCCACGCCGAGGCACCGAGACUUCUGCGCCUAAGUCCUCUUCGAGCCGACGAAGACGUCAACGAAACGUCCUACCAUCUCCGUGCAAGGUCUCGAUGCAGAGACAUAUCGCCAGUGCGAUGGGCCCGGAGAAAAUCAUCGAGUUCCGAAUCCGAGAGAAACUGCUACAACGUGCAAACCUCCCAAGUGACGACCGAGCGAACUACCAGCAAGAAGGACAAAAAGAGGAUUCAAGAAGAACGACGGAGAGUGUGCGAGAAGCGAAAUCCUCUACUGGAUCGCGUGAAGAGCACCAGACUGAGCUUCUUCAAGGAUCGCGAUUCCGACGAGGGCGAGAACGAUGGCGAUGACGAGGAAGUGGGACGAGUCCAGUUCCGUUCGAUGUGCGAGCUGAGGCACCGCGGUCUGACCAGGAACGAGCUCCGACGCUCGGUCUGCGAGUCUGACCUGAAGGACAUCACGGAGGAGGGGAAUGGCCACGCGAAGAGGAAGAGACGCGCCAAGUCGCAGAGCAGGUUGUCGUACAAAAAGCAGCCGACGCCUCGGAAGCAGCCCGAGUGGCAGCCGCAAGAGGGGGAUUCAGUCCGGGAAGACGCGAUGCCUCACAAUUACCGAUGGGAGAGGACCGAUCGGGGCUUCCUCGAGGCGAACCGCGAGGCUGGUCAAUCCAUUGGUCAAGUAACAAUGGUCGAUACAGGAAUACCUAGGCUUACCGGUGAGAAUAUUUUCAAAAAGGAUGCAACGACAUUCGACAGCAUUACGCCAUCCAGCUGCCUGGCGGCGAAAUUCCGCGCGAUGCAGGACAGGUACCUCAAAAGCUCGACGAACAGGCUGAUCGCGAAAAUCUAUAGAAAGGACUGCAAGGACCGCGAGAGGCGAAGACUACGUAGUUUCUCUUAUGGCACGUUGCCGGGUCUAGAAGAGCUCCGGACGAAUCCGCUGUACGAGGAACAGGAUCAGGACGAUAAUGACUCCGGAAUUCUGGACAACGAUUCCGCCACCAGCUCCCUGCUAGACGACAGAUGUAGCAGCGGCGCUUCCGGACCGCUGAACAACAGUAGCCACAACGACUCUUGUCUAUCGCCGCCUCAGCUUCCGCCCAGAAGACCCUUCUCGUCCGCCACGGACGUCGACGGAACCGCGCGACUUUUCGCGAGUUUGGACGUGUACUACGACAAGACCAAGGAUAAGGACUCCGGGAUGAGUCUUCUUACCGAGGAGUAUUCGAGUGUCUGUCAAGCCGCGAACAGUACGUUAAUAGAUCGUCAAACGAGUCGAGCCAUCGUGGAAAAUAAUACGGAUCGGGAAAGAGAGAGAGGUAUCGUGGACGAGGAUUCUAGACAGAAACAACGCAGUUCCGGUUUACAAGUGGUGAGGAGUAGAGCCUACACAACGGAGACGAUGGUCGUCAAGCUUCUUAAGGAGACAUCCGAUCAAUGUCUUGGUAUCUUCAUCGCAAAAACCGCGGAGUCCAGUCCGGGUUAUUUGGUGGCUCAUGUAGUGCCGAACGGACUGGCCGAUAAGGAGGGCACACUGAGGAUCGGCGACGAGAUCCUGAUUGUCAACGGGAAGAGAUUACGUGGUCUGAGUAUGGCGGAGGCUAAGAAGAUUCUAGGUAAUGGUAGCGGCCCUGGGGACAUUGACAUCGUAGUCUCACGAUUUUCGGGCGUCGAUCAGCAAGCGAAAAAGUUGAAGGAGAGCAGCGUGGACUACGAGAAUGUUAGCAUGGAAGAUGGCCACGGAGUGAUCGUCGAAAGUUCACCCGGAUCGCAUCACUUCAGGAAGCAUCAGACCAGGUGUCACCGAGACAGGAAGGACGAGUCGAGUAGAUCGAUUUCGUCCGAAAAAUUCGCGACGAACAUGGAUAACGGAUUCACGCAGAGCGUUUCGAAGUUCUGUACUCUUCCCCGAAGACCGAGGAACACAGUAUCUACGUUCCUUACGGUGCUUUUCGAAAAAGGCGCCGGGAAGAAGUCUCUAGGAUUUACCAUAGUUGGCGGAAGAGACAGCCCGAAAGGAAGCAUUGGUAUCUUCAUAAAGUCGGUACUGCCUAGCGGACAGGCCGCGGAAGAUGGCCGUUUGCGUGCAGGAGAUGAGAUUUUGGCUGUGAAUGGCCAAGUUUGUCACGACUUGACACAUCGUGAAGCCGUACAACUGUUUCGUAAUAUUAAAAGUGGGCCGAUUGCCUUGCACCUAUGUAGACGUGUGAAAAAUCGUGAAUCACAAAUAUCGAAAGCCAAGUCGUGCGCAGACCUUUUGCUGAUAGAUACGUGAAAGCAAUGACCGCUGAAAGAGAGGCAGAGAGCAUGGCAAAUUAUGUAAAAUACGAAUCGUGUAUAUACUGUACAUUUUCUCAGAAUUCAUUAGAAAUAAAACAGUUAUUUAAUAACAAUUAUUUAAUUAAUAAUAAUCUGGAUACGGUACCCCGUUCGGUAUCUGCGAAGAACAUUUUCUUUA